GAUCAUUUGAUAACUACUGAUUGUAACCUGCAUUACUUUUGCCAUUAUUUAUUAUAAAAUUAUUAGUUCAUAGUUUGUGAGUUCCUUUUAUGUCAAAUUAAGGGAGAUCAGAGAACAAAUAUAGGAUAUAAUUUCAAGAAGAUAUACACUGAGAACCAAAUUUGUCUGAUGGGUUGAGUUUAAUGAGUAUGAGAUUCUCGUGUGUAUAGACAAAGAUAGAAGCCAGCUGGAUAGCGAAGCUCAUCACUGCGUUGCCUGGUAACGCUGACGCGGCAAUCUGCUUCAUGAUCAUAGAUGGACGAUUUUUGUCAGUACCCAUCUAGGGCUCAUUGUGGAGUGUCAUCCUGCUUUGGAAUGGGUUUCACCUGCAUACACUCAGGCAGUGAUAAUUUAAAUUGGAUAAUGUUAUUUGUUACAUUUUCCGACCUCUUGCUGUCGCAAAAUGUAGCAAUAACUCAGGAUGUGUUGAUUUUAUCACCAUCGGUGGAAAUCAAACAUAAUUAUAGAAUAAAUUAAAAGACUAAGUCGCAUCAAAAUUAAAAUAAAUGUAACCAAAACGAAAACAAAAUAUUGAAUUAAAUGUUCGAACACACACCCUUCUUGUGUUUGAAAGUAACCUAACCUAUUAAAUCUUGCAAUACACUUUUAAAUUCAUCUAUUAUUUUUCGAGUGACCCUUAUUCACAUGAAUUUACUUGUAGUCAGUUAGAUGUGGGGUCUAAAGUUACACAAUGUUGCCUACGUUUCAGAAAAUUUCUUCCUUCAGAGCUCCUUUUAGUAGAAAACUGUGGUGGUUAAAUGAAUCUUGCACGUUUAUUAAUAUUUUGCACAUUCUAGAUAUCAAUAUUUGAAAACAGUGAUGUACUGUUAUGUUUUUAUGGCUAGACUCAGAAAGUUGUUAAAUUCAUGUUUCAGACGAGAAUGCAGUCCCUUACCGCUUCCGGGUCCGAGGGAAUAGGUGAAACCUUUUUACGGAUGGUCCGACACGAAGGGCUGUUACGACCUGUCAGGGGAAUGUCCGCAAUGAUUGUGGGGGCGGGUCCUUCACAUGCGCUGUAUUUUAGCAGCUACGAGUACCUCAAAAAUACAUUUACAAAGUACACCAAUUCAGCUAGGUACCACACGUUAAUAUAUGGUGCCUCGGGAUGUAUAUCUACAUUGAUCCACGAUGGAUUUAUGAACCCUGCUGAAGUGGUGAAACAACGAAUGCAAAUGGUAGGAUCACCUUACAAAUCGGCCCUGAGGUGCGCAAUCAAUAUUUACCAAAAAGAAGGCCUGGGGGCAUUUUAUCGUUCCUAUACAACCCAGCUGACAAUGAACAUACCAUUCCAGAGCAUACAUUUUAUGGUGUAUGAGCUGUCACAAACGUUUUUGAACAAGGAUCGAGCGUAUAAUCCAUUGGCUCACAUGGCAAGCGGAGCGAUGGCGGGAGGCAUGGCCUCUGCUAUUACCACCCCACUGGACGUUUGUAAAACGUUACUGAAUACUCAACAAAGCGGUAAACCCAGCGGAUUAGUGCAAGCAAUUAAGCUGGUCUAUAGACUAGGAGGACCUACGGCAUUCUUCAAAGGUAUGCAAGCUCGAGUGAUGUACCAAAUGCCCGCAACAGCCAUCUGUUGGUCAACGUACGAGUUUUUCAAAUACAUCCUGGGCAAGAACCACGAAGUACGAGUGAUACCACAACCUCUGUCACCAGAAAAAGAAACCUCAAAGUUAGAACCUGCGCCUAGCGACGUCCACAACGAAAAGUACAGUCUGAAGUCCAGGGACUUACCCGCAAUGUCCAGCGCAGGCCUGUAUGGCUCCAUUCAGUUUAACACCAUGCACAAGACCGACUACAAAAAGAAAGACUUCACCGAUAUGAUCCAUACAUAGCGAUUUUAAGUCGCGUACCUCAUUCUGCGUACUGUAAGUAUUAUUUUUAACCGUUGAACAUGUGUACAGAUUUGUAAUAUAUAUAUAUGAAUAUGAUUAUGAUAAAUGUUGGCUUAUUCAUCUGUGUUGGGAUGAUGGAAAAAUAGAAUUUAGGGUGGUGAGUGGGCACCAGGCACAAAAUAUUUUUUUUGAAAAAUUUGUUACUUUAGAAUAUCCACUCAAAACUUCGGCCAUUUUCUGUAUGUAAAUAUAUAUUGUGAUUGUAUCAAGAAUAGACGUCAAUGAUUGUAAAUUGGCUUAACCAGUUUUAACAGUCAACAUUUUCCUUGAACAAUAACUUGAAAUAUAGUAAUUCUCUGUUACUUUGUGCUGCUACGGUAAACUAAAUUGAUAUUUUCAUUACCCCAUUUUUUAUCGAGGUAGAUCACCUUGAGGAGCCAAGAUAAAAAUGUCGACAAUAUACUGAAACUAGUUUUUUUCAAUAUGUUUUCUGUAAUUUUAUAUUUUUGCCUUAACUUCUUGUUGCAGUUGUGUGCUCAUGUUGUUUGUGACAACUGCAAGAUCAAGUGAUGAAGUUUCUCUUUACAAAAUGGCUGUAUCAAAUAUAGCAUUUCAAAGAUAAUUGUAGAUGUCCCGUUUUAUCAGAGGUGGCAUUCUAGUUCCUCAUUGCAAAAUGCUUAGGAGUAAAAAUAAGUAGUUAUUAACUUUUGUGUUAGAUGGCCUUAUUGCUGUUUUCAUUUUUUAUUUCAAUUUUUCAUGGUAUUUAAUUCUCCUCUUCUCAAUUUUUGUUUUAUUGUAUUUGAGGGAUUUCAUUUAAACCAUUUCACAUUCAUAUUGUUCAUAAUAAUCAAUCGUAUAUCGUGGCUUUUGUCAGAACUGUAGUGGAAACUGGAAUGCUAUUCUAUUUCAAUAUCUAAAACUCUGGCAGUGUUUAGCUAUUGAAGAAAAAAUAACUCUUUCCUUCAAACUUUUAUUUCCUCAAAAAGGAUAAAAAUGUACGUAUGUAUGAACGUAUUAAAAUAAAACUCAUACAAUUUCAUAUGUUGAUAUUACAAGUAUACAUUUUAACAUCAAAUAAUAAUCAUCUUUUACAUUGCUAUAUGUUACCAUUUGAGGUACAGAUACGUUGAAUAUCUUGCACAUUAGGAAUACGGUUUGAUACUUGAUCUACGUUUGUAUACCUACCUCAAUUUCUAUGACAUAACUAUAAAAGACAUUUAAGAAUUCAUGCGACGUUGCCAGACUUCGCACAGAUUAGCAGAGACAUAUAAAGUAACAUUUUGUAAUCCAUUCUACGCUUCGGAUUUAUUUCAAUAUUUUGAUAAUAUUUCGACGGCCUGCAAUCGGUGGUACUAUCGUUGAACAGAUGAAAACAAAAUGUUUUCAAACUGUUGUAAGACAUCAAAUACCAGUGCUGGCUGCUGCAGAAAAGUUGAAACAACAACAUACCGUGUAAUAUCGAUUUCAACGUACUUACGCCAGAUAGCACCUCGACGUUCGCUUUGUGCUGUGGAACGUUGAAACAAAACAUCAGUGUGAUGUUUAGCAAUAUGAUUUUCUGUUAACCCUAUGGGUCACUAUACACAUGUAUGCAUAUGAUAGGUACUACUUCCAUUUUUAUGUUGUAUAAUUAUUUUGCCAGAUAGUGAUAUUUUUGGUCAAAUUAUGAGUAAACUUCCAUUGGCAGUGACGCAGAAAGAAAUUCAUCACCAGGUGGAACAGUGACAGAGCAAGGUGGUUUAGCUGGAUAAACUAAGUAUUUUAUAUGAUAUGAUAUUUCAUAAGCUACUGUCUCGUACCCACAUUGAAUCUAUCAAUAUAACUUUUUUUGAGGAAUUAGUUUUUAUAUAAUAAUACACAAAAGAUAUUAGAUGCGCAUGUAUGUGGUGCGAUGUUUCUUUUUCCAGAAUGCCGAACAAGACGUUUUACUUCCAAAUGUCAUUAUUCUGCUUUUUUGUCCUCUGAGCAGAGUAGCAACGUUCUAUUUUCUGUAUUAAUAUAAAACGCUAAGUUUAUUCAGCCCAAAACCAAUUUUGCUAUUGUACAAGCCAUUAUGUGGAACAAAUUUUUCAACGAUUUGUUGAUGAACUUAUGUAAUAUAAAUCCAAUGGAGGAUAGGGCCAGUCUUACUGCUAUGAAGAAAACGAACAAUAAAAAUGUUAAUAAAUGAACAGUGAAUAAUCUGACCAUUAUGCUGCGUUUAAUGUUUUGUGUUUGUUGCAACAAGGCUGGCCUAGUAAGGGGGGAUCCUUCCAGAAUAAUAUCAAUUUCCUGAAAUCAGAGAGAUACACAAUAAUUGUUUUAAAAUGUGUAAUGGGUACAUUGAUAGACUGCUGGAAGCAUCUUCCUAGGUUUCAUACAAAUUUCGUCAUUACCAACUGAUAUAAGAAUAUGUUGGUUAUCAUUUAGCCAAUAUUUCUUAUUGAUAACUUAUGAUUCUGUUCUAACUGAAUGAUUUUCAGCCUCUCGGUAGGCCUAAAUUAUUUGGGUUGGGGAUAUUACUGAACAUUGAAUCAGAACGAUUUUCUUUUUCAACACAACUUAGCUGGAUAACAUGACCCAAUGUCAAGACACCACUAUUGAAGGUUAACAACUACUGCUGCUUAUAACUCAAACCAGUAGUCACAUUUUUUUUAUAAUAAAAAUAAGGGUCCCAAUUUGUGUUUAGAAAUUGUUGCAUAGAUGAUAUUGUCAACAACAAUAAAGUACAAUUGAGUAACCUUAAAUCAACGCCUCAGUGCUCUUGUCGUCUUAUCUGAAUACCCCAAUUUGCAUUUAUAACUGAAAGAGUUUGCAUUCGUUAACAAAUGAUGGCAGAUGGAUGAUUUUAUGGUUUAUGGGAUUCCUAGACAUACAGAUAUACAAGCAGAUGAUAGAUAGAAAAAAUUUUCCAAUCCUUAACAUGAAUCAGUGUACAGCAUCAUGUCAAUAAAACUUGCGAAUUUUGUGUGAAACUUCGUGCUGCCAGUUAAUCUUUACGUUUAGUUUGCCAUUUGUCGCUAAAGACGUUUUAUGAAGCUGUGAUAAAGUCCUUAUCAACUGAUACGUAUGAUAUUGACUUCGUUCAGAUGGGAGUACUAUCAUAUUCGUUACUUUUCGUUAUUUUGGAGAUGCGUGCGCAUACUGCGCGUGGCAUUUUUCCGUUUUUGUGAUAAGAGACUAUGUCACCAAAAAAGCAUAGAAUACUGUACAAUACUGGACUGAUGCUGAUAGAUGAAUGAUAUUUCUUCGAUAAUUCGCUGAGUGAGGAAAAAACAUUAAAAUGACCAUUUGAAGUUAGAUGUUUUCUAAUUGACAAUUUUAUGCCAAGAAAGUGGCUCAACAUAAUCAUAUGAAACUGGUUCUUCACUGAGAACAUUAAAAUAGACAUACGUUAAUAUUUGUCACCUUAUUUUAUCGAUGAAAUACUAUAGUUUAUAUACCUUUGUCCAGUAGUGUAUAUCUUGUUUUAAUAAGGUUUGUAUUGAUGAAAACAAUUUAAAUAUAAUGUUACAUAAAACCAUAAUA